AUGUUAUACAACCCCUCGUCCUUCGGCAAACAUCGGUUCUUUCCGCUGCUGCUCGCGGAUAAAAAACACUUUGGAACUUUUGUAAUUCUCUGGCAAUUUUUUCCCACUGACCGCUCAUUGGGGCGUGUCUUUUUUUUUCAUAUUUUUUUCUUUCUCCUCCCACCACUUUGUUAUCUUUGGUCUUUUUUUCAUAUUUUUCUUUCUUUUUUAUUACUCCUCCUUCUUUGUUAUCUUUCGUCUUAUUUCAUAUGUUCUUUUCUUUUUCACAACUCUUCUCUUUGUUAUCUUUCAUCAUUUUUUUCAUAUUUACUUUUCUUUCUCACUCCCCUCUUUACUAUUAUUAGUCUUUUUUUUUUUUUUUUCGUAUUUUCUUUUCUUUUUUACUCUUCCUUCUUUAUCUUUCGUCUUUUUUUCAUAUUUUCUUUUCUUUCUAACUCCUCCUUCUUUGCUAUCUUUCGUCUUUUUUAUAUUUAUCUUUCUUUCUCACUCCCCUCUUUGCUAUCUUUUGUCUUUUUUUCAUAUUAUUCUUUCUUUCUCGCACCCGUUCUCUUUGUUAUCUUUCGUUUUGGGGUUUUUUUUUCUCAUAUUUACCUUUUUUCUCACUCCCUUAUAUUAUAUUUCACCUUUUCCUCAUAUUUUCUUUACUUACUUUCUCACUCCUCCGUCUUUGUUUUCUUUCGUUAUUUUUAA